AGGACUCUAUCUAAGGAGAACACUCUGAGAGGAAGGGAAGAAGAAACCAUUUUUUUAUCCUGAAUGUAAAAAUUAAGCUUUUGAUGAAGGGUCUUUGUGUGAGUAGACAUUUAAGACAACCAAAAUAAUUAACCUAGGAGUGACUAACAUGAACCUUCACUGUAGCUAUCCACCUACUGUAGCUAUCCACCUACUGUAGCUAUCCACCUUGAUAUCAACAUAGCCAUCCACCUUGAUAUCAACAUAGCCAUCCACCUUGAUAUCAACAUAGCCAUCCACCUUAAUAUCAACAUAGCCAUCCACCUUGAUAUCAACAUAGCCAUCCACCUUGAUAUCAACAUAGCUAUCCACCUUAAUAUCAACAUAGCCAUCCACCUUGAUAUCAACAUAGCUAUCCACCUUAAUAUCAACAUAGCUAUCUACCUUGAUAUCCACCUAGCUAUCCAUCUAUAGUAGCUAUCCACCAAGUUGUCCACACUGAUAACACCUAUCUAUCCAUCUAUUCUGUGUUUCUUCACACAAUAGUUCAGGAUUUAUGUAUUAAAAAGAGAGUUUUAGUUUAGUUUUUAAGGUUUUGUGCUGUGUUGAUAGAUCUAACUACUUUGUGUAAGGGUCUAUAGCCCUUUUGCACAUUCCAUGACCGAACGUUCUAAGCACACUUCCUAUCGGUGUGGCAAUUUCCGGUGACGCGUACUGUAGAAGGGAAGUCAGUCCUGUUGUUAUCGACGAUAUAACGUUACUACCACUAUGUCGCAGUUUUUUACUAGGUGUCUUCAGGACUUGCCUCAAAUUAAUAUUAAUGAUGUACAUCGAGUUGCUAAAUCAGCAUCGGAGAAAAGAACGAAAAGGGGUUCAAGAUGUAUAUAGGAAGCUACAUAGACAACUAUGAAGGUGAGUAACGUUACCAAGUCAGUGACAGAUAUAACGUUAGCUAGCUACAUUCAUUAGUUAGCUAAUUUAACUAGUAACUGUAGCUAGCUAGUUACUUCGUAAAAUGAUGUAACGUUGACAGAAUCUACCUGAGAAUGUGUGUAUUUUCGUUAGCUUGCUUAAAAAUUAAGCUUGCUAGCUAUAUUUGCUCGCUAAAAAUACUUGUUAUUCAUGUCAUCUAACAAAGACACAUUGACAGGGGAGAUCACCGUGAGGGCUGGCUGUCACAGGUCCACGAGGAAGAGUAAAAAGCUGCACAGCAUGAGAGUAGGGAAAGGUUAUAGAUAGCUACUAGGGACCUUGUUAAACAUCUCCUGUGAGACACUGUCGUUAUGGUCAAAAUGUGUUGGAGACAGUGUCAACGUUUAAUCUUAUCAAUAGAUAGAUAUUAAUGAUGGGUUACCCACUUAACAAGUUAUUUGGUUAAGAUCUGUUGAUGUGUUUGGUAAUUGUGUUACUGAGACACAAUCUAUUCCUGUAUAGUUAAAUGAGCCCCUAGUUAAGAAGACUAGACACUACUAUGUUUAUUGUUAUUUAUGGGCCGCAUCAUUCUUGUUUCUCACUUCAGUCUUUCAUCACACUUAUCUUCACGUCACAGAUGGUGUUAAAGCACUCUGUACCAGUGAUCGUGGUCCAAAGCCACUGCUUCCUGUGUUGCAGGAAGUGCUCUGUGUAAUCAUCUGGUGGCCCUUCUUUACCAGACAGCGCACUACUCUCAACUAAAACAUUCCUGCCGCACCACCAGUUCACAGCUGCACAGACACAGAACAGCGUUGGCACAAGCCAAGAACACUUGUGAGUCUAUCAAUAUCCAUUAAAAAAUGCACCUGAAAAGUGUUCAGCCUAUGUAACAGUAAAUCCUGGUUAAUUAGGGUGUGACGCCAGGUCCGGUUGAUGGGAUAGAGUUCCAGAAACCUACUAACCCGUGUGCUGAUGGAGUUGGAAGUUUUCUCUACAAAGCAUUCAAUGGAUACAUGCCUGACAUGGACCUUCUCCACGUCUCAGAAACGUAUUCCAACUUUUCUCCACUUCCUGCCCCUCUUGCGACAACAAUGGAAAUGUCAGCUGACGUGCCCCUGGUUGAGUCAGCCUUUGGGCCAGUGCAAGCUGGCAGUGUUCUGUCCCAUCAACUUCCACAGCCAAAGACCCGUGAAAUUGUGAAGAUUGCCGAUGCCCCUUCUCCACCAAUACUUCCAUUAGAUGGCUACAGGCUUCAGUCUUCCCAGUGUGCUUACGUCCUUAGCCAUCAGGAGCAGUUCCAAGUCAAGGCAUUAGAGACAACCUACGAGAUGUCACACGAAGUCGAGGUUGCUACAAGGGAGCAGAGCAGCAGCCCGGAAUGGCAUCAGCUCAGGAAAAUUAGAAUAACAUCCUCUCGUUUCCGAGAGGUUUGCCAUGUCCGGGGAGAGACCUCAGCUGACCGUCUAGCUGAGCGGAUGUUCAAGGGAUCUGGUAUGCAGACCAUGGAGAUGAAGAGGGGGCUAGCCAUGGAGCCAGUGGCUGUACAGGAGUACUGCACACUGAAGAAUGUUAACUUCUUUCCGUGUGGCUUCGUAGUGCACCCAGAUGCCCCAUGGUUAGGAUCCUCUCCAGAUGGAAUCAUAUUUGAUCCCAGUGUGAGACCACACUUUGGACUCUUAGAGGUCAAGUGCCCAAAUGUACCAAGUUAUGUUGACUGCCGUUACCUGAAGAUGCAGAAUGGAGAGCUGAAGUUGAAGAGAUCUCAUGCUUACUACUGGCAGGUUCAAGGUCAAAUCCUUCUCACAGGUUGUAGCUGGUGUGACUUUGUCAUCUGUGCACAGGAGGACAUCCUAGUUGAAAGGAUAUAUAAAGAUCUACAGGUUUCAAAAACUAUAAGAGAGAAGGUUGACCACUUUUAUUUUUACCACUACUUGCAGAAGUGUCUAUCUCGCACCUGAAUGGAUCCCCUGCAUGGGUGCCAAGUUUAGUGGUAUCAUGAAAAAUAAGUAUUGAUGUUCUUGUGAAGAAAACUACAGUAGAAUAGAUUUGUUUAAAAAUAUAUAUAUUUCAGAAAAUGUUCAACAGUUCAGUUAAUCAAUUACACAUCUUUGUGAAUCCAAGAUGGCGUAGCAGUCAGACGUUUUUGUCCUCGUCUUUGU